AUGCUACAUUACAGAACUCUUGCACUAAAAAGUAUUCUCAGUGCCGUGGCAGCAUUGAACAUUUUGUCACUUUCCAAAGUGAGGUCUGCGGGUGGUGCUGCAGAAGUUAAUCUCUAUGAAGUCAAAAAGUUUCUGAGACACAGCACGGACAGAAGUAACAGUGUGGAAUAUUCAAAAAUUAAAAUAGAUGUAGAGAAUAAUGGCGUUGUUUUUGAGAGUAAAAACACGCCGCUGUACAUUGAUCUGUCUCUGCCUCUGACAAAGGUCGUUAGAAACACGCUUAAAAAAUACACCAUCACAAAUUCAACACUGCACAUUCACACACAGGACCCCACGAAAGUGAAAAAAGGAAAGCUAGACUUCAUCUUGGCCCAUUUCAAGCCAAGCACCGUAGUUUUCUCAAACAUUUCGUUUGUGCCAAGGGACAGAAACACAAACGACGACAGAAUGGUUUGUCUAGACUCAGGGAGCACGACGAUAUCAGAAAGCGUUAAAAGCGUGCAGUUUCUGGAUCUUACGCAGGAUGCCAUAUCAACGAUUAUCGAAAAAUGGGAAGUGCCCAAUCUAAGUUCUAUAAAGAUAAAAAACUGCAAUGCAAAGUCUCUUCUGUUUAUGGACAGAUUUUUAGAGAGUGCCCCGCUGGAAGAAGCACAUUUUAUGGAAAUGCAGGAUUUAUGUUCGGUGAAGUGCAGAUUUUUAAAGUCAAAAACUCUGCACAGCAUCACCCUUCAAAACAUUUCAUUGCUGAACAAGAUGGCGUGUCUAUUUGUGGGAGAUAUCCUGCAGAACGUAAAGAAUUACAUAAUGAUCGAUGCAUGGCUCUUUGAGAAGAUAAGCAGAAUACCAAAGAAUAUUAUUUCUGUGCACACUUUGGCCAUAAACAUGCCCUCUAUCACUCGGAUGGACCACACAACCAGCUUCCUCAGAGAGAAAGCAAAGAAAAAAAGGUUUGUGAAGAGUCUGAUAAAGGCAGAAGAAAUAAAAAUAAGUGGAAACCUAGCAAACUACGCUGUAAGCAAAUCCAUAGAGAUAGUGGCUGCAUGGCUGGAGAUGUUUCAUCUAGAAAGCAAUAGAAUCUGCAUUUUCCUAAUGUGCUCAAACCAUGAGAACCCAGAGCACACGUACACUAGUAUUAUAUUCAAUGAAAAUGAUCAGCACUCGCCUAGCAGUCUAUCAAACGGCAUUAAAUUAGAGUGGAAUGCAUGCAGCAAGGUAUAUAGCUAUAUAAAUCAAAUAUCAUCAUUCUAUUCAAAUGUGUACCGCAAAAUCCUACCGUAUAUAACUCAAGAGAUAAACAGCAAACUGGUUAAUAGCAGGUAA